AUGGCGAGGCUGCUGGGUCUUAUUUCACUUACGAGUUGGAUUUAUCAAUCAGACUACCCUGUUACCCUAUGGGUAAAUAAGGUUGGUCCUUAUAAUAACCCACAAGAGACGUACAAUUAUUACAGCCUUCCAUUUUGUCAUCAAUCCAGCAAUGCGGCUCACAAAUGGGGUGGUCUCGGUGAAGUUCUUGUAUGUGCUUUUCUGCUACACACGUUCCAAACCACUUGUCUUCCAAUUGUUGGGGCGUAUUUCUUGCUUAAUGCUGAGAACUAUCCCUGGCAGUGGACUUCAUUUUUCUCAGCUGCCUCAACGGCUGUAUAUGUGUACUUAUAUUCAAUAUAUUACUACGCUGUGAAGACUAAGAUGUCGGGCUUCUUCCAGACCAGCUUCUAUUUUGGAUACACUCUCAUGUUUUGCCUUGGGUUAGGAAUUCUCUGCGGAGCUAUUGGUUAUUUGGGUUCCAAUUUGUUCGUAAGAAGGAUCUACCAAAACAUCAAGUGUGAUUAGGGUACUUGCCUAACCUCAACAACGUGAUUGUUGAGAAUGAGCGAGAGAAAGCCUCUGAACACUUGCGGGGAAACCACUGAUGUCUACGCAUGGAGGUUUGAGGAGGGCAUGCAAAUCUUUAGACACGGAGAAGCCCCGAGAUUUUUACCCCCUUUUGUCUUGGGAUAUAAGUGGAAGGCCUUUUCGUUAUUAUUAUUUUUAUUACAUAAUUUAGAUUACAGAGAUUGUUUAAAACUUGACCAAGUUGGUACUCGAUACUUAUCGUCAUCCUCUUCCCUAGGCAAUUCAUGUCCCUUGUAACGGCUUCUCUCCUGUGUUCACCUUCUGUUUAGUUUUGUUAUAUGUAUGUGACAGAAGAAGCUUGAGGGAAUGAUAUUGAGAAAUGUAAUUUGUGGUAGUGAACAUGUGCAAUAAGAAAAUGCUUUUACCUUCAA